AUGAAAGCAAAAGCAAAAAAUAUCUGCGUAGAAAAAGCAAUUGAACUUAAAGAUAAAGUAGUAGAGGAAAUUGUCAACCGAGAAUUAGAAAGACAAGAAAAAGAUCCUAACUACGAAAUUACCUAUACCCUCAAGGAUUUAAACUGUGUAAAAGACCAUUUGAACCAAAUUAAACAUCAUAAAUAUCAAUAUGAAACAAGACAACACGAACAAAAAUAUCACCUUUCAAAUACUAUUACUGAACAAAAAAAUUACUGUAGCUUUUAUUAUACUCCACCUCUACAACCUGCUGAAUAUUUUAAAUUAUUUUGGAUUUGGUAUGCUAGUUAUUCUGCCAAAUCCUAUUCAAGUAAAACCAUUAAAUACGCUGACAAAUUAGUCACUGAGCUUUGGGGAGAAGAACGUACAAACAUACUUACUGCUACAACAAAUUUAAUUUUUAGCAUAAAACAAAUUGAUAAGCAUAAGCGACUACAACAUAAACCCCAGAUACCUACUUCUAUUUCGGCACUUACAAAUACACUUCAACCUUUUACUAGUACUUCAGGAACUACACUACCUUUGACCUCUUCAAACACUACUGAAUCAAAUAUGGCUUUAACAGGAGACCAAUUAAAAGAGCUCCUUAAAAAAGUAACCGAUGGAUUUAAAGAAACUGCCCAAUUCAUAAAAUCAGAAACAUAUCAUUACGAAUUAUAUAAUAUUAAACAAGGAAAAGAUGAGAGAGUAGAUGAAUACUCCGCAAGGUUCAAACAAGAAUAUACUACUCGAAUGUAUAUUUCUGGUUUGGAAGAAGAAAUUGUUAUGUUGGUUGUAUUAGAAAAUACUAAUAUCUUGUCUGACGCCAUGAAGAAUGCAGCUAAAGUCGAAACAGGAAAAUACUAUAUCAAGAAAAGAGAAGAUAGAAAUUUACUCUCCAGCCAAAAUGUAGAAACUGAACUUGAUAUAAUUACUAAACAAUUACAACAAAUAAACAAUGAUGCACCUUGUUGUUUCAAUUGCAAUGAACCUGGUCACAUAUCCAGAAACUGUGUUAACAUGGUUGAAAUUAACGAAAACGAAAAUGAAUAUUAUACUGAUGAUUACGACAGUGAGUAUGAGUUAUAUGAAGCAAUUAGAAAUAAACCUCAGGUCUGUAAUAAGAUACACCAAACGAGAGGACAACAACAAAGACAAAGAACCAAUCCAGGUGAAGAAACCAUCUAUCAGAGUUCAAAUUUUGAUGAUAAUUCUAUAGUUAUUGAACCCUCCACUACUACCAUACCAGAAUCAGUAACCGUUACUCCUGUUAGAAAGACGAAAAUUACGCGUUCAACCUUCAGUUAUAGACCAGCUGUCACACUAUGA